CGCGACUGAAAACGUUCGGAACAGGGUGGAGUUCCAUUUCUAACGAUUAUCACUGUGCGUCGUGAGUUGAAGGAUGGAGAUACUUGGUAACAUAUCGUCGGCAUUUUGGUCCCCUGACGUUUGGUUACCGCCGAACAUAACGUGGGACAACAUUGCGCCAAAUUCGGAUAACAAAUAUGCGGAUUAUCGGCAUCUCGUGUAUCCACUGCCUAUGGCACUUGGACUUCUAGUCAUCAGAUACUGCGUCGAGAGGUAUUGCUUUGCUCCAUUCGGUAAGUCACUGGGUAUAAAACCAAGAACGAAGAAAGCACCACCAAAUCCAUUACUAGAGAAGGCAUACACUAAGCGAAUGAAGCAUAAACAGGUAACGGCACUGGCAAAGCAGCUCGACUGCACCGAGCGGGAGGUGGAGAGAUGGCUGAGACUGCGAAGGGCCCAGGGCAAGCCAUCCACCCUCACUAAAUUCUGCGAAAAUAGUUGGAGAUGUAUGUACUACACUCUCAUAUUCAUCUACGGCCUCUUCGUCCUCUGGGACAAGCCGUGGCUCUGGGACAUCAACCACUGCUACUACGGCUACCCCUAUCACGCUGUGAGCGAUGACAUUUGGUGGUACUACAUGAUCUCGAUAUCGUUCUACUGGUCCCUCAGUAUUUCCCAGUUCUUCGACGUCAAGAGGAAAGACUUCUGGCAGAUGUUUAUCCACCACAAGGCGACUAUACUCCUCAUGUGCUUCUCCUGGGUGGGAAAUUUGACUAGAAUCGGAUCGUUAGUGCUGGUACUCCACGAUUGUGCCGACAUUUUCCUAGAGGCUGCCAAGAUGGCUAAAUACGCUAAUUACCAAAAAGUUUGUGAUGCUCUAUUUGCUCUCUUCACUAUCUUAUGGCUUAUAACUCGUAUGGGUAUCUACCCUCUGUGGAUUAUCUACAGUACGUCCAUAGCUGCCCCAAAAAUCGUGCCAAUGUUCCCAGCCUACUAUAUCUUCAAUUCUUUAUUAAUCCUCCUGUUUGUCCUCCACACAAUUUGGACUCGAUUAAUCCUCAAGAUUGCCUUCAAUGCACUUUACGCUGGCCAGAUGGAAGGUGACCUGCGGAGUAACAGCAGCGAGGAGGUAUCAGAUGAUUUGUCAAAUGACCCACCCUCAAACAACUCCAAUCACGCUAAACGAAAUUCUGAAAAGCAGGACUAACGGACAUGUCUGUUUAAUAAUUCCUAGAUAUUAAUGUCAAUACAAUUUAAAGAACAAAUUUUAAACCGAUACGAGAGUGUAUCGGUAACAUGAGUCCAUUUAAACGAUAAAAGUCAUCGCAAUUUGAUGAAUCCAAGCAAUAUUUUGAAUCAAGCGAGUGAGAGAUUUUUUUCUCUCAUUCGAUUAAACCAAAUAUUCAACAACUAAGGAAUUAAUGCGAGAGCAAAAACCAGCACGAUUGAGAUAUUAGCAGUGAAGAGGUGAGAGGAUUGCCCCUAAUUUAUGAUAACUUCUAUUCGUUUUUUCAUUUCCUAUCGGUGUGAGUGACCUAAAGGAGUAUUAAAGCCUGUUCAGUGCUGCGAUAAAUAUUUUUCCUCUGCCGUUAAUAUUUGUUUUUGUGUGAAAGAGUGACAAGAGAAUUUCAGGAAUGAAAUUGACGUGUAAAGAUAUUAGACCAAGAGAUGCCCUUCAUUACGUAAUUAAUCGAUUUUUUUGCCAGUUUAUCUUUCUCACGGGUCAGGGGUCGACGAUAAAAAGAGACAAAACUCUUUUUUAUGAAUUCAAAUUGAAUGGAACGAGAGUGUAAAUAAAAUAAUUUAUAGUGCUGUUGUUGUGGUUAAAAUUGAAAUAAUGUUUCAGUGCCUAAUGCAGUAUAUUUAAAUUAAUUAUUCACAUCGGCGGUUUUCUAUGGGAUUAAGAUAACUAUUUAUCUAAUCGUGAAUGAUUCACGACUUAUGAUUCAGUGAACAUAAAUUUUGUCAAUUAUGGGAAUUAAUUUUUACGGGUUUUAUUAAACUCCAGGUUUUCCAAUACUUUAGUAAUUUCAAUAAAUCUUAUUUUCAUCGCAAUGUAUUUUUCUAGAAUUGCACCAGAAUUAAUACACAUUCCAUGGUACUUCGAAAUGUCCUCCGCAAUGAGUUUAAUUAUGUAAUGCCUAAUAAUUUUCAUAAUACGUUAGACAGUAGUGGAAUUUGCCUGAUAAAAAUGGGGAAACAAGAAGUUGAUACUGCGAAGAGAGACAAAUCAUUCAAUUGACCAUGACAAUGAAAUUUUUUCAAAUGAUGCUGUACAGACUUGAAAUAGAACGAGAUAGCCACACUAUUUGAAUCCGGAAUGUGUGUUCCUAAAUGAUAUGCGAGUGUAUAAGAACUGUUUACAUGAUAAUUUUUAUUGAACUCGUUAAUCUUUGCACACCUGAUCGAGAGAAAAAUACGUAUGACCGAAACAAAAGUAAUUAUGUAAUCAGUAUGACCAAAUAGUAAAUGCCUUGCGUGACGAAGUUAACGAGAGACACCUUUCGAAGAUCUGGACAUGAUUUGAAAUGAAAAGAAAAGAACAAAAAUUUAGCUUAAACUUCUGCACGUUUUUAUUUUUCAGCGUAAAAUUUUCUAUAUCGAUGUAUAAAUUCGUCCUUACGAUAAAAUAAAUUUUGACCAAUUAAAUAGAUGAUUUCAA